AUGAGUAAAUCACCAAGUGAAAAAGAUAAAAUGAGAAAGGAAAGACAAGAACAUAAGGAUAAAUCACAAGGUGUACACGAUGACAGAUGGGGUCAUGUAAUUAGCAAACUCUUUAGCAUAAAAAAAACUCAAGACCGAUCAAGUGAGAAGUGGAAAAAGGAGAAAGAAACAACUGCUAGUGUAAAAUAUGAUUUGCGCGAAUUGAUCAGCUACAAAAGUAUAUGUACCCUUAAGGACGACGGCGUUCAUGGACAUAAAAUAGGUCACAGUAAUACGUUAGACGAUUUCCAAAUGUAUAAAACGAAUUUUUUAAGUGAUAGCAUCACGGAUUUUUCAAAGUUAGAAAUCAAGGGUACCUUGAAUGCGAACUCACCGCCGACGAGUUAUAAGAAUAGAAUUAACGAUAACGGGAAAAGAAGAAACACCAGCAAGGACAGCAAUAGGACCAACCGAAGAAACAGAAGCAAAGACAAGGCACGCAGUUGCGAUGAUCAGAAGGGUGCAAAAAAACAGGGGAGCCUCCGAACAACCGACAUCGAAAUAGUAAAGGAGAAACGCCCCAAAUUAAAAACGGACGAGAAGGGCCGCUCGAAAAGGAACAGACGUCCUGUUGAAGUACACCACAGUCGUAAAAAGUUCCUCGUCGAAAGAGGAGGAAGAGAACGAAGCAGUGCUGUAAAGUGCAGUGAUUCUCUAAAUAACAACCGAGUAUGUAAGACACCCUCGCCGAAGGCAUUACAUACGAAGAAGCAAAAGAUUAGCAGUGUAGCAGAGGACACUUUUGAGAUACAAAAAUGUAAGAAAAAUAUAUGUUUAAAAAAGUUACGUAGUGAAGGGAAAACGUACCAUUCAGAUAAUGAUAACUCCAAAAGGAGCAAUUUUUUUAGUUGUAAAUUUUUACAAAAUUUAGAUUUUAAUAAAGCAAAAGCGAAUAAUAAUUUCCCCAUGCAGUUGUCAUCAGCGCAUGGGAAAACUGAUCAUCAUCAUGAAUGUAAAAAGAAGCAUAAAAAAAUACAUUUUGCCAAUCAUAGUGAUAAUAAAGUAAACAGUUGCUUUUGCAAUUGUGACACAAGUUGUGAAAGGAAUUCCCAUUCCGACACGUAUGUUAUUUGUUCCCCUCAAAAAAAAAAAAAGGGGAAAAUAAAAAGUCCACAUAACAUCCGUUUUUGUGAUAAAUUUGUUAAAAAAAAUCAGUGCAAUGAUAGGGAAGAUAAAAUGGUAUUUCCCAAUUCUUCCCGAUUGUGUAACUCAUAUUUUUGUGCACAUAAGAGAAAAAGGCGAAGUGAAAUUAGCCAAGGAAAGAAAUCGCGCGUCAGAAAGGGGGCGAACUGCCGCCUUCCUUACCCAAAUUACAACUUCACGUUAAGAAACAUUCAGAAGAGAAAAAAGAUUUACUUUCAUUUUAGAAAAAGUAGAAAAUGUCGCUUGAAGAAGAAAGAGGGCGUCAAAAAAAAGAAGAGAGAUAAAGUAGGCACACGCCGCUUAAGCGAAGAAAUCAACAAAAUGAUUAAUCCCAUGGAGGAGGGGGGUCCCCCAAAGGGAGAGAAUAUCCCCGUUGUAGAUAAAGCAGACCCACAUGCAAACGUUAUGCAGAGCGAAACGGAUUGUAAGCCAACCGAAUGUUCGAUCAUUGGAGGAGAAGAGGACAAAGACGAUUUGCACGAAGUGGAUAUAGAACCACCAGACAGGAAAACUCAGGAAGAACAAAACGCUCAGCAGUCGAGUCAGGAUUUAAGGAAUAAAUAUGAAGAUCCGUCAAAAGAGGACAACCCAGAGAACGAACCGCUAGCAACAAACCUGUUUGGUGAAAUUAAUAACCAGAUCAAUCAACCCCCCAUUGAUUCCCCACUGGGGAAGGACAAAAACGAAAUGGCAGAGGGAUCACAUAAAGAACUCAAAAUAACGGGAAAGAAUUUCCUAAAAUAUGAUGAAGAAAUAUUUGAAAAAUUCUACAACGAUGUGCAUUUAAAUAUUGGGAAGAUUGUUACAAAUAGGAGAAAAAAAUAUUUCCUAACUUAUAAAAUUGUUAAAGAUUCCUACUUUCGCAUAUUAAUUCUGAAUAGCGAAAAAUUGGAAAAAAAUAUUCUUCAGGCGAUAGCCAUUCAGGAUGUCAUUUUGUACGAUAAAAAUGUCAAAAUUUUUAGCGACCCCUUUUAUGUAAGAAAUAGUAGCAAGCUUUACGCUGUGAAAUUCUUAAAGGUGUUUAGCUUAAAGUAUUUAAAAAAAAUAAAAAAAAUGAGUGACAUCAUAUUUUCCGAUGCGGAAGAGGGAAAUCUUAAUGUAAAAACGGAAAAUUGUGAAUCGACUGAUUUGCACAUUGCAACUGAGGAGAAUGCAUCCUCAACGGGUAAGCAAAAAGACGAUUUGGGGAAGAACGAUUUAAGUAAAAAGGUGCCCACCGAUUCAGCGGAUGAGCCUCCAAAUGGGAAUCAUUCGGAAGGCACAGAAACGAACGAGGAGAGCGGCCUUAAAGGAGCAAUAAAAGAAGAUACACAGGAUGGGGAGACUACUGAUGCGCAGAAGAACGCGCCUGAAGGAAGCAACAUGAGCGACGGUGACGGAGGGAACGAAAAUAAGUGUAGCGAUAACGAAGAUGAGGAGAUUCACGCCAUGAACAACUCAAGUGACAACUACGACCAUGUCAGUAACGGUGGAAGUAAGAAAAUAAAUAAAGGAGCAAAAAAUUCCGAUAAGGAGAACCCCCCCAAGGGAAAUGCCAGGAUAAAUACCAAGGACAAAAAAGGAAACGAAGAUGUUAAUAAGAAAAAAAAUGGCAAGGAUUCCCCGGUGAAGAAGAAACCAAAGGAAUUAUCCAAAAGUGUGAAUAAUAAAAAAAGCAAAACAAGAAGCAACGUGAAGGUGAAAAGUGAAAACGAAGCGCUCAGCAAGGAAGAGGAAGAACACAACUACACAGGCGUCAUAUAUAAUGACAAGAAAAAGUUUUAUUUUAAUGUUCACAGAAUUGUGGAUAUAAUAAAGAUGGUUAAAGGGUCGGAGGAGAAAACAAAGUUCUACCUAGAUGGCCAUAAUAACAAUAUGAAGAAGAAAUGGAAGCUCCUUAAAAAAGUGGAAAAAACAUUAUUUCUGGAAAAUCUUGUCAUGGAUGAUGAGGAUGUGCUUUUUAAGAGACCCAAAUUUUUUAACUGCUUAAUUGAAGAAUCCAUUGAUAACUACAACGUAAUGUACGAAGCGGAGAAUGGGACUAUGCACCUGUUCGAGAAUAAGUUGGAUCGAUUGAAAAAGAAAAAGGGGGGUAAUAAAGCAGAAGCGGAUACAUCCAACAAGUAUAUCGAAUUGAAGGAUGAAGAAAGGGGAUUUAAAUAUAUUGGCUAUCGCGUCAGUUUUGAACUAAAGAAAGACAACAAAAAAAAGAGUAACUUCAAGACCGGCAUUAUAAAGUAUUACUCCCCCAAAUAUAAGCAGUUUUUUAUUCACCAUAUAGAAAAUUUUAAAUGCAAUGGGUCCAUAGCGGGUUCGCCGAAGAGUACGAGCAGAGACAUGGGGUACUCAAGAGGAGGAAGCAAAUCAAGGGCCACCACCCCAUCGUUGUACAACAAUUCGAAGGAGCAUCACCCUUUUGCCGACAUAGAAAGUGCACAAUAUGGUAAGGUCGACCAGGAAAUGGACAAACCGAUCAGCGAUAGGCAGAACGGGGAGCAGCCACAUGCAGAGGUAACCAAUCAGAACAACGAUUGCAUAGUCCGAAGCGAAGAAAUGAUGUACCUCAAUUAUGAGAAAAAGCUAGAUGAAGAAAAUGGAAAGAAGAAAUGCGAUUUUAUUUUCUCAGAUGUGAAGGGCUGGUAUUCCCCCCACUUCUACAACAUAAAGGUGCUAAAGACGGUUAGAGAAUUUGAGCGCUUUGAUAUACUUGAUAAAAAUGACAAAAAGAAGGAGCAAAUCGAUUAUAAUCUUCUGAAGAGGAAAGAUGAAUGCUCCAUAUGUAAGGAUAGCAUCCUGUUUAUGAAGGGGCAUGACCAUUACACCAGUAACCUAUCCUCCAUCAUAUACGACUUAAGCAGCGAAAUGGAAAAAAAGGAAAUGGAUGAACAGAAUAUGAUCAACGUUUACUGGGGUAUUAAGUGUUUUAUCUGUUCGAAGAAAUUUCAUGCCAAUUGUCUCGACGAUGAGGUGAUAAUUACCAAAUGGUAUGACAAAAAUGUGCUAAUGAAGGAGUAUAAAAAGUACAUUUAUAAGAACAGCCUGAAGAAGGAUAAGAAGUGCUUCAAGGGUGAUAAGGAGAAAGGCAAGAGGAGUUCCACCAAGAAGGAGGAAAAAUCGAAGCGGGUAAAGAAGAACACCAACAAUGUUAGCGAUUCGAAAUGCACCGGAGGAGGGGGAGACUCCAAGUCGAACAAACAUAAAAAAAAUUCCAGUGGGAAAAGAACCACCGGGAGUAGCAAAAACGGGUCGAACGGUGCCGUGAAGGAGGAAAAUGAUGACCAGGAAGAAAAGAGCAGCAAAAGGAAGAGAAAGAAAGGUGGGAAGGAAUGCGCCAACCAGAACCGAAACGUUAAAAAUAAUGACAGUGAAAAUGACUACAAGAGUGACGACAAAGACGAGCAAAACAAAAGCGACGAGUUGAAUGAUGAAGAAGAUACCGAUACGGAAGAAAACAACUGCACAAAAUCGAAAAGUAAGAAACAGAGGAAGUGCAUAAAUUACGUGCCAGCUGUGAAGUACAAUGAUAUGAGUUACAAAAAGUAUGUGUGUAAAGACUGCUAUCGAUGCAUAUACUGUUGUGAGAGCAUAUACAAUUAUAAGCAAACGCCCAAUAUAGCCAAUUAUGUUAUAUGCAAAACGUGUAACAUGGUUGCACACGGAUCUUGUUGUUUCCCAAAUGUGCCCGACAUUUACCUCUUUAAUUGGAAGUGUGACGAGUGCCUGAAAUGCAACAAAUGUGACUACUCUAAUUUGUGCUUCAUAAAUUACAACGAGUGGGAAUUUCACCUGGACUGUUGCAUCAACUGCUACAAAGAAUAUGAGAAGAAGAACUUUUGCAUAAUGUGCAAUGAGAAGUACGAAAUAGAUGAUAGCAACAAAUGGGUGCAGUGUGAUGUGUGCAAAUUUUGGAUUCACCUAAAUUGCGAUAAAGAUGAAAGUAGAAAUAUUGAAACAUUGUCAAUAAAAAGUAUCAACUAUAAAUGUCCCACAUGUAGGUCUGGUUCAUUUCAUGAUAAAAUCGAGCGAAUUCUAUACCUUUUCUUCCUUCUUGAUAAGUACAAAAAUUUCACCUUCCACGUGCCUAUCAACUUUUACAUCUACUGGAGGAUUGUUAAGAUACCCAUGAACCUCUACAUUAUGAAGAAGAAAAUUUGGGAGAAGAAAUACAGCACCAUAUUGGAGUUUUUGUACGACUUUUUCCUCAUCAUACAUAAUGCCAAAACGGUGCAUAUGCCCAACACCCCAAUUUAUAGAAAUGCCUGCAUCUUUGAAAAGAAGGGAAAAGUUAUCAUAAAGAAUAUGUUCAAUUUGGAAAAUGAGGAUCUCAACAAAUUUAUUGAUGAUUGUUUGGAGACUUACAAAAAGGAUACCAAUGAAGUGGUAACCAAUGAUAAUAACAAAGUGGAGGAGGAGGGUAAAAAUUACGACGGUAUGUUCACCUCCGGUGUGAAUAAAGUGGCCGCUAGUAUAUGUAACAAUAAUAGGGACGACAUUCUCGCCAAUAGUCUUGACAACCAUAUGGAUAAGAAGAAUGUUGUGCUGAAAUCGUACCACUCGGAAAAUAUGAACCAUUUGGGCUACCCUGGAACUGGCAAAAAGAUGAUCCCCACUGUGGGUGAGUUUACCAAAUCGGGCUUCUACCCAAACCCGGAUGGUGAUAUCUCUCACACGGGGGGAAUUAACCAUCGAGAUUCAGAUGAUGAGAACUUUGGGGAGAACUCACUCCUUAAUGAGUACAGUAUGCACGAGGGGAUGCACAACUCCAGCGGUAGGACAUACCAAUCGAAUAGAUGCCUCAACGGAGAUGAUACAUUUGGAAGUGGUAUUAUAAAGAGUGAAACUAAUGUGCAAUCAUAUAUAAGCGGGACCGAUUUAUAUAAUGAUUACACUCCAAUGGAAGAGAAGUACCCCAUGGGAGGAGCGUACGAUAGGAAUACUGUAGAUAUGCCCGCAAGUAAGGACGAUAUGACUUUAUACAAUCUCAAUAAUAACGAUGUUGGUAAGAGCCUCUUAAACAAUAACUUACUUAGGAAGAGAAAAUUGGAGGUGCUCGAAAAGGACAUCACACAGUAUGAGUUACACGAACUGUUCAAUUUUAAAAGCGACUGUGUGUUUAUCGAGAAAAAUGAGGAAAUGUUUGUCCCUCAAAAUUGUGGCAUAACCAGUUAUAAUAUCCUUACAGUUAAUGUGAAGGGAAAAAUUUAUUUUAAUCGAUCUUUUGACAAAUUUGACGAAUUUGAUGUUUGUAAGGUGAGGAAGUUGCAUCUAUUAACUGGGGGAAGUUUCUCAUCCAGCUGCGGAUCAGCCAAGGGGGAAUCCUCUUCCGAGGGGAAUACCCAACAGGGUAACCACAGCAGUAAGGAAGAGAAAACUCCCCUUGUAAAUGAUGAACAGGGUAGUAUGUCAACAGAGGAAAAUCCAAAGGGGGAAAAUAAGGUAAAUUCCAAUCAUGCCCAAUCGAACGUAUUUGUCAAGGAUAACAUAUUCAUGAUUGACAUCAGGAAGGACAAAGUCAAAAUGAACCAAGUGGUUAAGGUGGAGACUAGGAUUUUUAACCCAGUGAACGAUGCCUACAAAUUUUUGAAGUGUAUGCAGAUAGUUUUCUUUGACCAGAACGGUCCAAGUGAGCAUACCCCAUCGAAGAAUGUAUCAUCUGUAGGAAUGAAUUAUCUUACAAGGCGUGUAAACUACAGCAGUAGCGAUGACGAAAGUGCUGAUGAUGUAACGGUGGAACAUGUUGAUAGGAACAAGGGGGAGGCUAUAUCCCUCGAUGACAUCAUUUCCCUCAUGGAGGGAAGACGUUCCAAUGGGGGAUCAAAAGAAAGGUACCAGAGUAGUGCAAAUCGUAGAAACGUCCCCAUUGAGAAAAAUGUGCCAAAUAAAAAAAUAAAACUUUUCAACAAUGAUAUUUUGAAAGAAUAUUGCCACGUUUGCGGAUGCAUAGAGUAUAAGAACCCGUUGAUUUACUGCGGUUCAUGUGGGGUGUCUCUUCACUACGCCUGUGCUAAUAUUUCCAACCCAUUUUUAUUUAACUUGACUGGUUACGCAGAACACAGGAAGGAGAUAAAUCAAAUUUUUAACAUCAUCACGAGGAACUUUAAAUGUAAUCAAUGCAUUAAGUGUGACAAGUGCGAUACCCACUUUAGUGACGCCGUGAGGGAUACCUUCUACUCGAACAUCACCUGUAUGGAUACAUAUUGUGGCAACGAUUUUAUGAAAAAAACAACGCUCAGUUAUUUUUACAAUUUGAAGAUUGAAGUGGUUACUCUGAAGAAGGAUAAAAACGAACGAAGGAGAAAAAUGCUGGCGGAUAUUGAUGCCAUCAAAUUUGUUGAAAAAGGGGAAGUAACAUCUCCCAUGAUUAGCGAAUUGAGUGGAAGUCCAAGGAGUGAGGAAAAGAGCAUGCAACAGCCGUGUGCACUUCUAAAAGUGGAACUAGGGGAAAGCUGCCCUGUUAACCACCCAUCCACGGAAAAAAUGGAGAAACAAAACGUUAAUGAUAAUAAUGAUCAGCAGGGGGAGAACCAGCUGGAUAGUAAUAAUCAACCCUUGUGCUCAAAAAAGAGGAAGAUGCAAAACAGCAUUGACGUGGACAUACAGGUGAAAGGUCAGAUAGGAGACCCAAACACCACAGGCACCAUCGCUGAUGUGAAAGAAGAAUCCAAAACUGUCCAAACGAAUAGCGAAUUGGAGUUAUCGCCAAACAAGAAAAAAGUGUCGCCCAAGAGAAGAACUAGUAGUGAGAAAAAUGAAGAAAAUGAAAAGAUGGACCAGAGUGCCCCAAGUAGUAUUGUCACCAUACUGAAUAUACAUGACGUGACGCAAAGGGUGAUAAAGUGCUUCUGUUGCGGAAAAUCCGUACAUAGUGAAUGUUUUUAUCGAAUAGAUAAUAGCGGGGAUAGUGCCGAUAAGAACGACAACGAUGUGCAUAAGAAGAUCGUAAGGACUAUAUUCAGAAGGAGCUACGUUAAGAAGAAUCAUAGUAAAAAAUUGCAUUCGCCUGGAAAAUUAGUGAAGGGGUUAUAUACAUCAAACGAGGCAACCCUACGAAUCAGCAAAAAUAACACACCGAUGGGAAGUGGUCAAAUUGGGGAAGAGGGCAACACCGCAGAGGGAAACAACCUGAUCACAUCAUUCACAUCGCAGGAUAAUGAAACGACUACCACCACUACAGAAGGAACGAACGCUGCGGCAAUGAUGAUGGUGGUUCCUCCCCAGUUCAAAUCGAGCACGCCGAAGAAGAAUAAAUUAGGGACACACCUCAGCAGUAGCCAUAUCGUUAGUGAGGACAUGCACACGAGUGUUAAGUGCAUUAUGAAUAGAAACAGCGCAGAAGAAUGCACCAUCCAAUCGACCAGCGUCAAUAUUAACAGUAAGGCUGAAUGUUCCAUAUUGAGCAACCACAUAACGGUAUUGAAAAGGAAUGAAAUCAACACAAGUGAGAACUCUCCACUGAAUAAUGACCCCUCCAAUAGUGACGUCAUUCCAAGUGAUGAAUUUGUAAGAGAAUUUUUAAAAGAUGAGAAAAAAGCUGAAACGUAUAUAGAAACUGUAGUUAUAAAUGGAAAGGUGUAUAAUAAACACCUUAUGAAUGAGAUAUACGAUGUGAUAAGGCAAAAGAAAAAUGCGAAAGUGAAAAACUUAUCGCAUUUGUUCAUUGCCAACAUUGAUGAAGCUGUAAUGUAUUCCGUACUGAACGAACUUUUGAAAGGACUAUAUAGUUACCUUAAUGAGAAGUUAAAUUACUACAGAUCGAACAGAAAUCUAAAGAGCGUUUUAAAGAUGGAAAAAACAGAUAAAUCUAAGAAGGAAAAAAAUGACCUGUUUGAUAAGAAGAAUCUCAUUAAGGAUAAUAGGGACGAUAUGAAAAUUUCAGGAAUGUUGCUAAAAAUUAGCGCCUUAAUUUCUGAGACCUUUUCAGUGCCCUCGAAAAGAAGGGCAUCAAAUGGGAAAAACGGAAACAGGAAGAGAAGCAGUACGAGUUGUAGAAAAAGGGCCAUUAAUGAUAAUCCAAGUGGACGCAGCAUGAGCUAUACGGCAAGUGAACAUUUUAAAGGAAACAACCCCAGUUGUGUGCAGGUGAACAAAACCAAUGACACGCUGCUAUUUGGAACAAAUGCGGAUAAUGCAUUUGCGACACCGCCCUAUUCUGUGCAUAGUGCGGAAAAUCAUAGGAAUUCCCCGAUUCACGUCGACCGUUUUGGCACAUACGAAAUGAAGCACUGUAGCAGUGCAAACGGGGGUAACCAUUUCGAUGGGGCGAAUAAUGGGAAGGGUGUUCCCAAUUUUGUCGACAUGAUGAACGUGAAUGAUGUGAGCGCAACAGGCGCCACGGGGUUAAGCAGCUCAGCUGGGUUAAGCGACAUUGGCGAACAUGCGGAACCCAAAGUGCGGAACCUCACCAGCAGGAAGAACAAAAAUGGCACGAACAUGAACAAGAGCAUAUACACUACGCGCUGCAAAUUUAACGAAAAGAACAUCGAAAAGUUGACCUCCCCCACAGGGAAGAAUACCAAUUCUGCGUACUCUUCACCAAAAAUGAAUUAUAGCCCUAUCAGGAAAAUAAUCAAUUUUGAUAAAACGAACAAUGUGAAGGUGAAUCUGAACAGCGUGAGCAAUUACAACAGCGUCCCCAUCGUGAAUAACACGAGCAAUGUAAACGGGAUGAGGGACAUGGGUGGCCUGAACAGCAUGCAUAAUAUAAAUACCAUAAGCAGCGUUAACAGCCUAAACAGUGUUAACAACGUCAGCAAUUUCGACGGAGAGAACCUCUGCAGGAGCAGCAGUGUCAAUCUGCAGAAUGUAAGCGUCGAUGUCGGAAGCAGCGUAUACAACCUGAUUAGCGUGAACAACAAUGUUAACACGUCGAACACGGUGAACGUUAGCGACGUCCUGGGAAACUCCCUUAACGCAAACGGUAUAAAUAUCGUGCAGAAUAUUAACGUACAAAAUAAUAACAAUACGGUAAUAAAUGUAAACGGCAUAGAGGGAAGGAAGGAGUCCUUUGUGAACUAUGCCCACAUGGGAAACGCCGGCACCAUUAACACGAUGAGCAGUAUAGGUAGCGUGAUCAAUACGAGCGGAAUGGGAAGCAUCAACGGUGUCAUGACCGAUACGGGGAUGAGCAAUCUCGAUAGUGCCCUUCCCCCAGGAGGAACCCUGUUCGGUGGAAACCACACAGCACAUAUUAAUAGCAUGAACGAAAUGAUCCACCCGUUUAGCAAGGCCACCUGUGCAAAUGACGGAGAAAACGUGUACCACUACAAUGAUAAUAUGGAAGCAUGCAACGUGCCAAGUAAUGUGGGCAGUAUAUUCGUAAACGAUGCCAACAUUCACCCUGCGCCAACUGCAUAUGCACAUGGAAAAUUAGAUUACGAAGUGAAUGAAGCGUCACAGGAGAAGAAUGUGUACGGAUCGUAUCUACACAGUAACGAAAUGAACACAUAUAAGAAUAAUUACUAUUUUUAUAACCAACUGGGAAAUGGUAGUAAUUCCCCUCCGAAGGACGACAUGGCAAAUGUGAAUAUGCCUUUGGAUUAUUACACACCUAUACGGAAUGGUAGCAAUAAUUUUAAUCCUGAGAUGAAUGUUACACCGUUUGAGGGCAGGAUAAAUAACGAAAGCUUCGAAAUGAACAGAAAAAUAAUGAUCAAUGUAAAUGCUAGUAAUGAACAAUCCAUCCUGUAUAGGGAUAAUGUCAACGUUAAUUUGCAUAGUAAGGAAGUGUCAGAUGUGUAUAGAGAUAGAAGCAGUAGCUCAGAAUUUCGCAAUAUGAACUACGGCAAUAUUUCCGAUGGGUAUGAAGUGAGGAGCCAGAAUAAAUUCACUGAUAUAAACAGCGUUUAUAAUAAAAAUAUGAACAAGAAAGAUCAGGCGCACACGAAAACACUGCUCAAGUCGAACAUUCCCAACUUGGACAAGUUUAUAAAUAGCAACAAGAAUAAAAAGUCCUCUCCGGCGAGCGAGAAGUUGGCAGGGGAGGAUAACAUAGGCGGAAAUGUCUGCGGAAGUGGAAACUACAAUUACAAUCACAGAUACGGCAGCAAUUACAGCGGUAGCUUCGACCCGAGCGUAUUCAAUUAUAAUGAAAAUGCACCCUCCGUGGGGAACGUUAAUGAAGGGGCAAAUGUCAUAGCUCCAGAAUUUCACACACCCAACGAAAACCCCAACUUUUCCGACAACAUAUUACACAAAGAAAAUAUGAUCAACAUAAGGGUUGAAAAAAAUAUUUCUAACAACGCAGAUCAUGUAGUGAAAAGUGUGCAGAAGUGCAUUCUUUAUAACCACCAUGGGAAGGAAGGGAUCCACAUAAAUAUGUCCAAUGAGGUGAAGUAUAACAUGCAAAACGGCCAAACCUAUGCCAGUGGAGAAGCGAUGGAAGGAGCAGAACUGGCUAGAAAUAAGAAGGGGAAACUGAAUUUUUACUGUAAGAAUAUUUUGAUCAAGAAGGAAAAUGUAAACAGCGACAUCAACGGGGUGAGCGGCAUUAGUACAGAGAAUGCCAAUGAGUUGGAAAGCUGCAAUAACAAUGUAAGCGAUCAAAUGGAAAAGAAGAAAAGGAGGGGCGGCAAUUCCGCGUCCAACGGUAAAGAGCGUAAAAAGGAAAGAUCCAGGGCGAAUCAAAGCGCAACAGAAAAUGGAAGUCAAAAUAAGAAUGCUAGGAGAAAGAAAGGAAGGGAUAAAAACGAACAGGAUGAAGAGGCCGAAAAGGUUGAAAAGAAGCCAGCAAGGAAUGUCAAAAAGAAGGAGGAAAAAAAAGAAAUGGAGGAAGAGAAGAACCAAGAAAAGGAAAAGAAAAAGGCUAGACCGAGGAAGAGGGCGUCGAAGGAGGAAAAACAGGAUGAAAAGGAGAAGGAAAAGGAGCAGGAACAGAGUAAGGAUAAAGCGAAAGAAAAUAAAAGGAAGGACACAAAAGGGGAAAAAUGCGAAAAGGAUUCCAAGGCGACUAAAUCUUCCAAAGUAGAAAGGGAAACAAAAAGGGUCAGGGUGAAAAAAGAGGAAUCCUCGCAGGAGGGCCAAAAAGAAGGAAAGGAAGAAAAAAGAGUUAGGGGAAAAGAUAAAGAGGAUGAAAAAAAAAGGCGAAGGAAAACGAAUGAAAAUGCAGAAGAAAAGGAGAAAAAGAAAGCGAGCGAAAGCAGGACAACACAGGUGAAAACGAAGAAGGAAACUAACGAAGGGAAAGUAGAUGCAGAGAAUAAUAACCUAGCGGAGGAUAAACUACACGAGGUGAAGGGGAACAGUAGUUCGACUGUCAUUCCCCUUAGCAGCAAGUUUGUUUCUGGCAGUACAUACAUUCCUGAUGUUCCCAAAAAUUGCAGCAUGGAAGGUAGGUGCAAAAUGGAUGACAGUUACGUCACAGAGAGCGAUGAAGAGUUGUGCCUAUGUUCGGACGGCUCAGAAUCUGAUAACUCUACCAUGAAUAGAGGACGGGCAGGCAGUAAUCGAAGGAGAAGCAGAAUAAACAAAUUAAGCGGAUUUUUGAAAAAGAAUAAGUUCGUGUUGAAAUCCAAGUUCAAGAGGAUCACCCCGAAUACGUACCUUUGCCAUAGCUGUGUUGUGUUGUACAAAAGUGACUUUUCGUUUAACGCGUUUAAGGAGGAAAUCGCGUCGGUUGAAAAGAGAGUGUCUGGAAAUGGUAACGAGACGAGCAUCCUUUGCGAUGAUAAUGUUGCCAAGGUUAAAAGAGAAAUCAGUGCGAACGAGGGGGAAGUUCCCGUUGAACAGAAUAGCAUAAUGAAGGGCGUUGUUGUUGAAGGGAAGGAAGAGCAAAACCCCGACGGCACGGAUGAUGGAGUAACGCACAGCACGAACGCCAUUAAUGACGGAACAGGGGAACUGUUGUGUAAUCCCAGUGCAUGUGAAGAGCUCGUAAAUGUCGAUGCGAAACAGAACGGAGGAGAUGAAGGAGACGAAAGAAAUGAGGCAACGAUGGAUGGCCAAAAUGUAGAUGGUGCCCCCCCUGAGAAUGACGAAAAAAACGUGCCAGUUAAUAAAACGCAUGACUGUAAAGGAAGUAACAAUCAAGAGGAGAAGGACUACUUCGCGAUAAUCAACGAGCCCAGUGGAAAAUGUCACCCGGACGGGAUUUACUGGAUGAACAAGAUAUCUGCACACAAUAACACCUUCUUCAACCGUGCCUACUUAAAGGGGAUGAAGGCAACCACUAAUAUUAGGUACUUCCUUGAAAGGAAGGGAGACGUUUACAAAUGCUCCAUUUGUUGUAUGAUCUGUGAGUACAAAAUUGGCAAAGGUGACAACAGUGCACCUGACAGUGCGCCAGACAGUGCACUUGAGAAGACCGCAGAGGACGAAAAUGACAAUUUGAACAACCUCCUCUUAUGCAACGCAUGCAGUUUACGCCAUGGGCACAUUCAGAAGUACUUAAUUUCAUACCCUGAAAAUAGCAGCUACAGGAGCAAAACUACGUUCACCUUAAACAAGGAACGAAGUGAAAAAAGGAAGUUGUAUGAAUUGGUUUAUUUGGUCAUAAAAAUGAGUUUUAGAUUUAUGUACUAUAAGAAGAAUUUCUUUAAAGCAUUUUGCCAUCUGCUAGAUGAAUUUCUCCGAAGAAAUAAAUCCAAUGUGAAACUACUGUACCGUUUAUAUUUUGGCAAGACCUUUUUUAAGUAUGAUGAGUUUUUUCCCUUUUUCAUCAAGAAAGUUAGGAGGGAUAAAAAUUUGAGGCUCCUAUUUGGUAGGAGUGGUAAUAUGGUUAUGCCUUUUGGAUCGACACACCAACAUGUUUUGAGGUACGCUCUGAACCUCUUUUGCGUUAGAUUGUCCUAUUGUUGUAGGAAGGGGAAAGGAAAAUCGAGUGGCGCCACAAAUUCAGUUCGUAUGUCCCUCACGGCGAGGAAGUUACUGUUUUGUUAUUAUAAAAAGGGGGUUUCUAGCGGGACUGAAAAUAGGGGCAGCUACUUCGAUCACGUCGUAAGUUACUCCCUUUAUUUUUUGCAUUUGUAUUACUUGCACAAGUUGCACGAUAGUGAGAAAGUCCGCAUUAUGGGGAGAAAAAAAAGGAGAAAAGUUAACCACAAUUUGUUUCUGAAAAUGAAAAACACGGAGGCCUUCGCAGGUGCCUUACGAACAUUAAACCGGAGCCAGUCGGAAUGGCCCAUCCUGCUUAGGGAAAACCACAUGACAAAAAAAGAUUUGACGACUAGCAGCCCAAGUAGCAGCGCUUGUAAGAAAGGGCAGCCCAAAGGUGGGAAGUCAAAACUGUUUAGCAAGCGAAAUGCCAAAGGAGCGGCCUCCCUUUUGUUAUAUGAGAAAACGUGCAAUGAAUAUAAAAGGGAUGAUCAGAAUGAGAAGGACACACUUGUAAUUAGCCCCUUCCAAAGUGGGAAGUGUCAAAAGAAAGUAAAGCAAUAUGUGAAGAAGAUCAAAUGCACCAUAAAAAAUAAACUAAAUUUAUACGUCAAAAUAAUGCUUAAUAUGUACAUGCAGGAAAGUCUGAAUAUGAUAAAAUGGCAAGACGAUGAUAGGAAACGGUUAAAUCGGGGGAACACUAAGACUUGCCUUUUGUGCCAUUACGGGAACUACCUCUAUAAGGGAAGGCUAAUCCCAUUCUAUGAUAUCUUUAUUCAUAGCGAAUGCUUAAAAUGGAGCCUAAAUUGCAUACAGUACUAUAAGUUGAAUAGCAGUAGUUGUGAGUGCCGUAGUAGGAUCGUCCAAGAGGCGAUGGAAUCGAAGGUGAAUGUUAAGAAGAAUCCCUCGAAUGAUAGAAAAGGAGCAAGAAGCCCUUCCAGCAAAGGAGACAAAAUGAAAUCCGCAGAAAGUGGUUCAUGUUCGGUUAAGAAUGAACCAGUAGGAGGAGGAACUGAGAAUGCCGACAGGAACAAUGCCCACACAGCUGCACAGGUUAAAAGCGCCAACGGGAGUACAUCCCAUGUUGAUGGUGCCAACCUGAGCAGCACCCACGAAAGUAGCAACCACCUUGAUGACGAUACGAACAAAGGGGGCCUUCCGAACGGCGCAAUCGGAACGCCUGUAAAGAGGGAAGAAUGCUGCGGGGAAAGCGAAGCAGGUCAGCAAAACCAUAAUGAAGAAAAUCUAUCGAAAGGAAUGACCAAUCCGGAAGAAAACCUAAACGUUAAGAAGAGCAUAAAAAAUAUAAAACUAAAGGAUAACAUCGAAUGGAGAGAAAAUAAAAACUUCUUCCAUAACUACGAACAUAUAAUCGAAAUAGAGGAAGAUGACGUGAAGGAAAUAAUUUACGACUCCAUCAAUUCGACGUGCUUUCUGUGUGGUUACAAAAAUGCCAGCAUAUACUGCAGCAAUGAAAACUGCAACAUAAAAUUUCACCUCAAUUGUGCUUUUUACUCUACCAUGGUGAAGAAUUCUCAUCAGAAUAUUUUUUUUUACUAUGUAAAAUGUUUCAAAUUGAUUAAAUUUAACAAGGACACCAUUUUUUACAAAUAUUGCCACUCAUCCAGUAACGGGGAGGACAAGAAACUGGUGCAGUCGCUAUAUGAGGACAUUUUCCCCGUGCACAUCAUCUACAAUGUAAAAAAAGUGUGGUGCAAUAAAUGCUGGAAUGCGAAGAAGAUAUACGAUUCGUUUUACAUAAAUAAGGAAAACAUGCACUGUUCCAGUGCAAGUGAACCGAGCAAAGAAGUGGAAAAGGUCAAGGGAAGACCCGAGGAACAGGCGAAAAACGUGGAACAUGCGGAACCUGCGAAUUGUACUGCUAAGGAUGAGGAAGUUAUACAAGGUGAUAUUACCCCUGCAUGUAGUAAUCUCAAUCAGGAUGACACCACAACGGGUGGGUUAAAUGUGGUGACAGAAGCAAACGAUCAAAUAAAUGUCACACGCAACCACGCAGAGAUAGGAGAAAAUAGUAGAACUUCCGACGAAUCGAAACCUAAACGCAUCGCAAGUAGGAAAAAAAUAAACGUCAUGGAAAGUCUGAGGAACAUUUACAAACAUUUCAUCGACUUCUAUUAUGAAAACGAAUCGUACUACGUUAUGGAUAGAAUUCUCUACAGCAUAAAUGAGUGCGUGAGGAUAAGGUAUAGAAACAAGCCCCUCAACUUGGUGCAGGGUGUGCUAAAUAAAGAAAGCAAGAUAAAAAGCAAAAUGAAACAUUUGGAAGGCAUCAUUAACGAAUGCGUCAACAAAAAUGAGGAUAAUAGUUUUGUUAAUGAUGGGUACCAAUUAAUAUUUCAGCGAAAUGUUCAAAAUGAAGAAGGAACAAAUGAGCAGUUAAUAAAGAAAAGUGAUUCAUGCAAUAAUGGCGAUGAGCAUGAAGAGAGCAACCUACAUACAAAUGACGUAAAUGUGCAAAACAUUAUUGACAAUAAAAAUAUGGAAAAUAUUUUCAAGUCGUAUUUUAUCCUAAAAUAUUUUUUAUACAUUGGUAGAGAAAUAGCCCUAAACAAUGAGGAGUAUUUUUUUUUAAAAAAAAAAGAGAAUUCCUUUGUUAGAUUUGUUUAUUCGAAUGAUGAGCAGACUUACAACGUGUAUUUGCCCCACGUGCUUUACAGUAAUGCCGUGGACGAAAUUGCAACCGCAUCGUGUAAGGAUACAACUACCAAUGUGAAGGAUAAGAGCAGCAAAGGAAAUCAACCAACAACUAAUGAGCAAGUAAUAAGUGAUAAGAAUGAGCAGCAGACGCAGCCACAUGAACAGCUGCGUAAGAUUUGCUACACGACCUUCAUCGAUGAUGAGUCCGAACCGGAGAAGGACAACUCGGAAAAUAACCUGAGCAGCAGUAGCGACAACGAAAUGGAAGAAACGGAAAUCGCGCACUACUACAGCAGAGAAAGGAAAGACAAACGAAUGAAAAGCAUUAACCUUUACUUCGAUGUAAAGGGUAUCAACAGAAAGGUAAAUAUAACAAAACUGCAGCAGGUUAGUAAUUAUAGCGACUGUAAGGAGAGUAACGAUGCGGUGGCACUACGCCCCAAUGUGGACGAGGAGAUCGAAAGGAACGGGAAUGACACCACCACUACGGCAGCCAUCGGAAUAGAUACCAGAAAGGCAAGUUUAGAACGAAGCACUUGCGAAAGUAACAGCGUAACGGAAAAAAAUGAAUCCUUUUUAAAUACGAUUAUAAGUGAUACGAACGAUGUGUUUAUCAAGAGAACAAAUGAAAAGCUAUUCUCGAACUAUAAGUUUAAUUGUCCAAAUAGCAUGAACCUGCCCCAUUGUAGAAUUAUCAAAGUAGGGUGUCACAACAUAUUACACAUGGGCGAAAUUGUAAAGUAUAAUGGAGAGAAGAGAAUAUACCCCUGCGGUUUUGUGAACAUGAGAAUAUUUUUUAAUUUGCCAUCGGCUUACCUUUUUCAUAUUUAUAAAAACGCAAUUUUUGACGACCAAGAUGAGAAGAAGAAAACUUUGCAGAGGAUAUUUUUACAAAUACGUGCCACGUACAUUUUCUCCAUUACUUUGAAGAAUGAAAAUUUUUUUUUUUCCAUCAUGCUAUUUCCCUUAAUAAGUGUUGACCAUUUUUCCGUGACAGAUGCUCAGAAAUUUGUUUUAGCGGAAAGUCACGACAUACAGGAAGUAUACGAAAAAUUUUUGUCCCUUUUUAAUUUCGCAAAUGGGGACAAUAAUGUGCACAAAUCGGAUGAAUAUAAAAAGUACGUCGACAAGUAUUCCCAUUUGCUUGAGCUGAUGCAGAGCUAUAUCCUCAAAUCUGUGCAACACAACGUUAAGACAGUCGACCCGCAUGACUUCUUCGGCUUGACCCUCCCGUGCGUUAUCUAUCAAAUGAAAUACAAGCUCUUUAAAUACCUGUGGAAAUGUGUGAACCACAGGGUUAAAAAUUACAUUAGGAGGUCCGGCAAAAGGGCUGCAUUCAAAAGGAGAGUAAAGAACUGCACGCGGGAAGUCAUAUACAAUGACAACUUGCUGUGUAAGUACUCCAAUUUGGACACCUCAAUUUUUAAGGAGAACGAGAAGGAAAAGGAAAAGAACAUGAGGAAAACGGUCAAGUAUAAAUACAACAUUAACAGCGCAAUGUCCUACCGCUACUUAAUGAACAUCUCGUCCAAUUCGCGGCUGUACGUUAAGAAGAGCAGCAUUCAUGGAUAUGGGUUAUACACGUGCGAGUUUAUUAAUGAGGGAGAGCCGGUCAUCGAAUACAUCGGUGAGUACAUUAGAAACAUAAUAAGUGACAAGAGGGAAAAGUAUUAUGACAAAAUUGAAAGUAGCUGUUACAUGUUCAGACUAAACGAAAAUAUAAUCAUUGAUGCCACCAAGUGGGGAAAUGUCAGCAGAUUUAUCAACCACAGCUGCGAGCCAAAUUGUUUUUGUAAAAUAGUAAGCUGUGAUCAGAACUUAAAACACAUUGUCAUCUUUGCCAAGAGGGACAUUGUAGCGCACGAAGAAAUAACCUACGACUAUCAGUUUGGUGUCGAAUCUGAAGGAAAAAAACUCAUUUGUUUAUGCGGCUCGAGCACAUGUUUAGGAAGAAUGAACUAA